CGAGGGUUAGGGUAUUAUGGCAACACAUUUGAGCAUGUGCAAUUGACCAUUCUCCAGCUCAGCUUAUGUUUUGUUUUGAGAAUUUGGAUUUGAUUCUGAGCAAGAGAGAAUACUAGCAUCAAGAAUGCUGAACUACAUAUGCUCAGUGGAGGCCAAUCACCAUUCAUCGCGGGGUCCAGUCCAGUCAAACUCAACAGAACCGAUUUCUCUGAAUAUCAUAAUUGUUUUCAGUCAAAAAGGGUCAAUCACAACCGCUUCGAUUGGCUUCAGUAUAAAGCCACCAAUCAAAUUGAGAAGCGCAUUCUAAAUUGAGCGCUGGGCUCCUUGAACAAACAGCACCUUCCCACCAACCAACACCCCUUCACAGACCGCCCAAAAUGCCUCCUAAGAGGGAUCGUCAAGGCGACUUCAAGGGAGGCCCGCGGGGUGGACCGAAGCAGCAGCAGCCAAAAGAGGUUGUGCGCAAUGCCUACACGCCCAUGUUUGAGCAGUUCCGCGACGAGUUGGAUAGGCACCACGACCGUCGGGAGCGCAUCGUCAAGGCGUCGAGGGACAUUACUGCGCUGAGCAAAAAGAUCAUCUUUUCAUUGCAAAGAGUUCGCAAGAUCCACGCCGACCUGCCCCCAGACGUCGACAAGGAGGUGCAGAGCCGCCUGGCAGAGAUUGCACGCCUGUUUGACUCCAUUGUCGGCGACGUGCAGGGGAUGAACAGGUACCGGUACUCGCGGCAGAUGUCGUGCGUCGAGGAGCUGGUCGAGGCCCUCACCUUUGCCUACUACCUGCGCAACCAGCGGCUGAUGAGCCACGAAGAGGUCCUCGACUCCGUCGCAGGCCUGUGCAGGUCCGCCGCCGAGGAGAAGAAGCGCAUUGCGGAGGAGGGUGGCGACACGGCCAUGACGGACGCUUCUGCCUCUACCGGGGGCGACGAGCAGAAAAGCAGCGCGGGGGAGCCAUUGGUGGUGGACGUGACGCAGGACGACUUUAUCGGCGGCGUCUUUGAUCUCUCGGGCGAGAUGAUGCGGUUUGCGACCACGACGGCAGCCAUCAACGGGGAGCUGGCGGCUGCGGCUGCGCCACCUGUGGAUGCCGGCGACGCGCCAAGAUACCCGCGCACCAUCUUGACGGAUAUGCAGGAGCUCGGGACCAUGUUUGAGCUGCUGCCCCAGCAGCACGGAAAGUCAUACCAGAUGAAGCUCGAGACGAUCAGGCAGAGCGUGCUCAAGGUGGAAAAGCUCGGGUACGGACUCAGGGUACGGGGGAGUGAGAGGCCAAAGGGCUGGAUGCCAGACAUGGCGGAUGAUGCUGGAGCAGGCGAGGACGAUUGAAGGGACUAGGAGAGGGGUGCGUUUGGGGGUUACUCUGCGACUGUAGGUUCUGCGAGGCAUCGCUUGAGGAUGCUGGGACUGUGUUGAGUCUUGUUCUGGCGACAAGCAGCUUUGGAACUAGUGUCAUAUGUGUACUAACGUUGACUCGAAAGGCCAAAUGUGGAGAGUUCUGUCCCGACACUUUGGCCUGGCCGAGGCUGAUGUCACGAAACAAAAGCGCUGUUUUGGUGGAAUAUAUGUCAAGGCUUGAUUAUCUGACCGAUACUAACCUACUAAACCCAAAGCUCGCUAUAACCAUUUCUUUUUCUUUAUCAACGUUUGACAGCUCAUAUACCUACUCAGAUUUGCUCCAGGAACUCAACCUAAAGAGCCAGACUGUACCAAGUACAAUACUCACAAGAGCUUUACAGCCAACGUCAUCACUUUAGCGAAUGUUGCCAAUAUCCAUCACUAGGCAACAAGCUUCUGCUUGGUCCAUAGGUUAUGGUAAUAUCCCUCUUUGGCCAACAGCUCGGCCUGCGUUCCGCUCUCGACAAUCUUUCCAUCCUUGACGGCCAGGAUCAGAUCCGCCUGUGCCACUGUGGCCAAGCGGUGAGCAACAAUGACGACGGUGCGGCCCCGACACCACUCGCGCAGGUGCGUCUGGAUCUUCCACUCGGUCUCGCUGUCCAGACUGCUCAUAGCCUCGUCAAAGACAACGAUCCUGGCAUCCCGCACCAGCGCCCUCGCGAUGGCCAGCCGCUGCGCCUCGCCGCCCGACAGCUGCGUCGAGCCCCUGGAGCCUAUCUUUUCGCCGUAGCCGUCGGAAAACGCCGUCGUGAUCUUGUGGUGCAGGUGCGCCGCCUUGCACGCCUCCUCGACCUGCUCCUCGGUCGCCGACGGCCGCCCGUACCGCACAUUGUCGAGCA